CAACAAGCUGGACCCACCCUGUCUAUUUACUCCCACAACAUUGCAUUUUGCUCUGCCGCCAUUCUAUUGCAUCGCCAGAACUACGCGAUUAACGUCAUAUAAAUUACUACAAUGGCAUCCUGGCUACAAAAGCAGCGCAAGACGGAGCUUGCCUCACUUGCUAUCGAUUCGGGCCUUAGUGGAUGGGAGCACAUGCUCAAAGAUGAGCUUGUUUCCAAGCUCGAUGAACAUCUGAAGACCCAGGAGCCCACCCUGUCCUCGCACCCCCACUUCGCGGAAUACUACGACCGCAACAACGGAACUCCCGUGAAGAGGUCGCGCACCGUCCCUCCGGCCGAUGCGAACGAAGCUCCCAGGUCGACCCGCCCGCGCAGGCGCACAACCAGGGUCAAGGAGGAGGUUGAAUCGCAAGAUGAGACCGUCGACUUGAAGGACAAGGAUAGCAGCAGCCCUCUUGAGUCGCCGUCGAUGGCUCUGGCAACGCGUACCCCGCGCGCAGUCGAGCGCGUCGCGACUCAGGUCCCGCUGCCGCCGUCGCCCGCUGUCGUCACCGAUGCGAUCGAGCGUCAGACUGCGAUCGUGCGGGGCAAGGUGGGCGAGGCGUGGGAGGGCACCGGCAUCACUGACUACGCCGAGUACGUGCGCGAGGUGCUGAGCUCUGUCGUCGGCGUGGAGGCUGCGGCCAUCCUGGUUGAGGCAUACUACCUGCAGAGGCAAGUAAUGCCGUGGACUUACUUUUUCGACAUCCCCGCCGUGGAGGCGCUGGGGACAAACUCGCACCCGGUGUAUUUGCCGCAGCUCUUCGUGCUCUUGACGAGCUCGUUCUGGGCGCCCUCGCUCCUUUGGGCUAGCACGAGCCUCUUCGUUCCGCUUCUGUUUGCGUACUUUUUCAACUUGACGCUCCGGACCAAGAUAAACAACGGCGUCACGACAUCCACUACCACGUACCGCGCCGACCCGCUGACUUUCAACAUUAUGAAAGCUCUCGUCACCUACAUGGUUUAUGCGCAAGGCGUCAGGUUCUCGGGCAUGGUCGGCGACGACACCGUGCUGAAGGUUGACGGAGCUCUGCCCGGCGGAUACCAGAGUGCGAUGAUUGGCGCCGGCAUCGGCAUCAUCACCAGCAUUUAUGAGGCGGUCCUCAAGAAGCAGCAUACGACCAGCGCGUGAUAGCUUGGUUAACUCGUUUGGUACAUGUACGGCGAGGUGUUGAUGAAAGAUCCGGCACGUUUCGGUAGUUGGUAUUCUGUGAUUCGGUGCGGUUUCUGGUCAUGGUAUUCGGCGCAUUAGGCCAGCGGUUUUCAGGCUGUCGGCGGACUACUGGGCGGUUUGAUGGCGUUGAGGUUAGGUAGGCCUGGUACCCCGCUUCCGGGUCGCGGCUUUGAGCGGCUGGCGGGGCAGCAGCAGAUUGAGGUUCGGGGACGAUUGUGCAAUGGCAGUUUCGUUCUGUUUU